AUGACGAAAGAAGAACGGAAUAACAAGAACGUUUGUUCAACGUUCAAAGAUGACGAGUCGUAUGAAUCAUCGUCAUCUUCAACGAGUAGUGUCCAUUCCGAUGAGGAAGAUACUCGGAAUACAAUGAACAAGGAUAAUCAAUCUGUGGAUGAAAUGGAAGAACAAACUAAAGCCUCAUCAUCCACUGAUUCUAAUGAUGCAUCAUCAGAUCUUGAAUCAAAAAAGAGAGUGAAAAAACCGAAAAAGUUUGAUGAAUACUACGUACCAGAGAGUAUUCUCCGAAAAAAGGGAAUUGAAUUGAAGUUCAUUUGUGAUGCAACCUUAGGAAGAGUUGCAAAGCACAUUAGAAUGAUGGGAGGAGAUGCUUUUUAUGACGCUAACAUGAAUACUAACUACAUGUUGUACAUUGCUCGAACAGAGAACAGAAUAAUAUUAACCAAAAAUAGAACAUUGAUUAAUCAACUCGGAUAUCAAAGGAAAGAAAAUGAAUUGAAAAAGAAAAAGUACCAAGAAAGGAAAUUAUUAAAUCAACAACAAGGGAGAUCAGAUGCUUUGAAGGGUGACGUUUCUCGUGAUCAUGAAAGAGAAAUGGAGGAGUUGGAAAAGAUUUAUAGAGAACAAGGCCUCGAAUUUAAUAGAGAAGAUUUCGAAGAAUUUGAAGAAAUUGAUGAGGAAGAGAACGGUAACAAUAAUCUGAGUGACGACAAUUCUUACCCAACUGAUGGAUAUGUCUAUUAUUUUGUGAAAGGCCGCAAUUUUCGUGACAUGAUUAAUGAGGUGGUCAACUUUUUCAAAAUUGAAUUUGACGAGCAGAGGAUAUUUACAAUAUGUAUUCAAUGCAAUCAUCCAAUCUACCAAGUUGAAAAGGAAUCCAUUAAGGACAGUGUCUAUUCUAGUGUUUAUAAUCUUUAUUCGAGCUUUUUCAAAUGCUCAGGAUGCUCGAAAAUUUAUUGGGGAAAAGAUCAUUGCAAUGAGCACAUUAAUUUUAAGACUGCCAAAUCAUUUGCAAAAAUCUACUCUUACAAUAUGGACCGUCGUGAGACUGUGAAAUAA